AUGCAUACUGCGUCUUUCCUAGCUACAGCCCUGGCUGCUCAAGCGGCCAGAGCCCAUCUCAUUAUGAACACUCCCAUCCCUUACAACUACCACGGGACCAGCUCCCUCGUUCAAGUCGAUCCUCUUGGGGCGCUUCCCUUCCCAUGCCAGGGCAACACCGAUGUUGUCGAGGUGACAUCCAUGCAGGCCGGUACCGAGCAGCUCGUUAAGUUCACCGGCGGUGCCCAGCAUGGUGGCGGUUCUUGCCAGUUCAGUGUCACCUAUGACUUCCCGCCCCCGGCUGACAAGUCAAAGUGGAAGACAAUCUACACUUUGAUUGGAGGGUGUCCUGUCUCUGCAGCUGGCAACUUGCCCGCCGCCCAACCUGAUCAAGACGGCCGUGCUGACUCUCCCAGUGCGACAAUGAUUCUGGAGUCGAGUGCACAGUUCAACGUUCCUAUCCCGAAGGAUAUGCCAAACGGGAACGCUACCUUCGCCUGGACUUGGUACAACAAGAUCGGCAAUCGUGAGGUCUACAUGAACUGCGCCCCUGUCAAGAUCAGCGGUGGCUCCGACGAUACGACCUUUUUCAACUCGCUUCCUCAGAUGUUCGUGGCCAACAUUCGCGGUGAGUGUACCACCAACAAUGGUGUUCUCAACAUUCCCAAUCCUGAUAAGUUCGGAAAGGUUCUUGAGCAACCUGCUCCCGGCAGCGAGGGGACUUGCGAGAAGGCUGCUGGCGUUCCUACUUUCGACGGAGACUCUGGGGCUGCUCGUGCUCCUGCUCCCACUCAAGGUAAGUCGUCUACUUUGAUCACCUCUACUAGCUCUGCCACCGUCCCUCCCACUGCUACCUCUCCAGAGGAGGAUAUUACAACAAUCACACCUACUUCUUUGGAGACCUCAGUUGUGGUUAUUCUCACUACAACCCCUGCCGUCGUCAUUCCGGAGUUGGUCGGCGUUCCUUGCUCCCCAGAGGGUAGGCUCUUGUGCUUCUCGCCAUCCGAGUUUGGAAUCUGCAACGGAGGUAUUGCUACAUCUCAGGCAGUGGCUCCUGAUACGACUUGUUCAUUUGGGACCCCUUUGAGCAAGAAGAGCGUCAAGUAUGUCUCCAAAGUUGUAGUCGUGGGACCUAGGCAAAUCACUGCCAUCACUCCUAUCGAAGACAAGCCCACCAAGAUUAGUGCUAUCACUCCCAUCGAUGAUUCCACCAAGAUCAGCGCCAUCACCCCUAUUGACGAGCCUACCAAGAUCAGUGCCAUCACUCCUAUUGAGGACCCCACCAAGCUCACCACCAUCAUCCCAAUUGAGCCUACUAGCAGACUCACUACAAUUAUUCCCAUUGACCCCACAACUGAGUUUCCUUCCAGUGGUGGUGCUCUGCCCACUCCUGCCCCGGCUCCUGUCCCGGCUCCAGCUCCUGUCCCAGCUCCCGCCCCUCCUCCUCUCAGGGGAACUCCCUGCAACAAGGUUGGCGGCUUCUGCUUCUGUAAGGUGGCAGGCAAGGUAUUUCCUCAGCUUGUCCCUAUGGGAGCUAUCUGCACCUAA